AUGUUGAGCAAGAACUGCAUGCUUUUUCCGAUGGGAGUCAAUCUCCACGGAGCCAUCCCAUCUGUAGAAGUGAUGAAAACAAAUCUUAGCCUACUCGAUCCGGAUUACAACGACUCAUGUAAAUUCGAAAUAUCUCAAAUCUUUCAUUGUGACGGCUUCUUGUUAUGCACCAACAAAGACCAAUCAAGAUUCGUGGUUUGGAAUCCCUGUACCGGUCAAACCAGGUGGUUCAAAUUACCUAAGUGUGGCAUGUUUAAAACUGAUUGCCGCACCUUUGUCCUCGGAUACGACGACAGAAGAUCAUGCAAUCAUAAGAGGAGAUACAAAAUCUUGAGCUCUUAUCAACGUGGAAACGGUAUGGAAAUCUACGAGUUUGACUCUGAUACAUGGAGGAAUAUUCUUGGUGAUGACAUCGCUUUAGGCUGUGAAACUCUAUUCACUUGGAGCUCCAAGUCUCUCAAGGGGAAUGCUUACAUGUUUGCUAGAAGAGUUGGAACAAAUCAUGGACUGUUCUUGCUCAGAUUUGAUUUUUCAACGGAGAAAUCUCGACUUUUGUCUCUUCCCUCUGAGUGGGAUACUAGUUUUGAAGCUACACGUCUUUCCGUUAUCAGAGAAGAGAAACUUUCCGUGUUAUUACAGCUCUUUGUUACGUCAAGGAUAGAGAUAUGGGUGACGGAUAAGAUUGGUAAUGAGACAAAAGAAGCCUUGUCGUGGAGCAAGAUCUUAUCAAUGGAUUGGAGCAGCAAUACUGAGUUUUCUUUUUUUACAAGUUUCGUGCUAGAUGAGGAGAAGAAAGUCGUCAUGUGUUGUAAUAGACAUAUAUACGAGGACAAGCGCGAAGACUUGGUGUUCAUUGUUGGGGAGGAUAAUGAAGUCACGCGAGUUCAUUCUGGUGUCAAUACAUGUAAAGAAAAUGGUUAUACAACCAUUUUUCAUUAUGUUCCAAGUUUACUUCAAAUCGAGCAAGCUCGAGGCAAAAGGAAAAGAGGUGACUAA